UAAGCUCAACGGUUAAGGCCAAGUGCGCCAUUUUGGCUCAAACAAAGUCAGAAACGUUUUGUAAAUAAAUGUUUUAAUUUUAAAACGUUUACAGGAAGGACAUCAAGGCAUAGCUAUAUUUCCACUACAUAUUCUUGUUUCAUCUACAUAUUUAUUGUAUUUUGUUGUUGUCCUCUCAUAACAACUGAAAAGUUCUGCUAAUUUUAACGUUAGGCAAGCUAGCUUGCUGCUAGUUAUGGGUGGAUGUUCAGCUCCAAACUGCUCGAACUCAACAACCAUUGGGAAACAACUAUUUCGUUUUCCCAAAGAUCCUGUUCGAAAGAAGAAAUGGCUGGUGAACUGUCGGCGUGAUUUUGUACCCACUCCACACUCCAGAUUGUGUCAGGACCAUUUUGAGCCCAGCCAGUUUGAAGAAAUAGCCAGGUCGCCAGCAGGGGGAAAGAAGCUGAAACCUAACGCUAUUCCCACUUUAUUUAGUGUUAGAGACCCACCUUAUCCCAUCGCCACUCCUCAGAUUCUGUUGCCAUUGAAACCAGAGCCAGUUGAAAGAGAUCUGAAUGUGGGAGACCAUGGCUAUGCCAGGCGUCAGCCUCUGCCAGGGAUGGAGGAUGAGGAUGCAGACAUGGAGGAGUUGGAGCACCCCUGUACCAAGUGUCAAAUGUACAAGAAACAGCUGGAGCAGGAGAUGCAGCAUACAGCCAGACUGCAGAGAGAGGCAGAGGACAUGAAGAAGCGCCUCUACAGACUAGACAAGAUUGAGAAGGGCCUCCAGAACUUUCUGUACGAGGACCAGAUCCGGGCCCUGUCGUUGACCAAGCGCUCGCGGCGUGCUGUCUGGUCUCCAGAGACCGUGCUGAAGGCCCGGAAGAUCCGCUGCGCCGUGGGCACCAAGGGCUACGAGUUCCUGCGAGAGAUGGGCUACCCACUCCCCUCCUACAGGACACUGUGUAACCGCCUGGAGACCAAGAUCAUGGUCACCACGGCGAUGAGCUGCGAGGAGCUGGCGGAGCUGGGACUGGGCCUCAUGACGUCCUGCGACAGCCCAGAGGGGGAGGAAGAUGGGGACAAUGACGAGGAGCUACUAGGAGUCAUGUCCUGAUCCGCACAGUUGACCUUGACUUCUCCUCCUCAUUCCUACUGCCACAGAAGGCACAGGCGUUACCCUUCCACACCAGGCAGUCGGUGACCUGUGGCUUCCACAGCCCGGUCACCCUCCUGAGAGACUUGAGCUUUGCCGUGAUGUGUAUUUUCAUUUGCUGCAAAUGCACAGGAUGCCAUGACGACGUAGCCGGCCUAAGUUGGACUGCUGGGUGAUGAGGUCAUGUGGUGGCUGGCUGCGUGGUGUGCUGGUGUCCUCUGUUCUACGAGGGAUUUGCUUCAGGUUUGGUUUCACACUCAUAAGUAUGUGAAUGAAACAAAAACCUUCCUCAUUUUGCUUCAAAGUGCUUAAAGUGAAGUCUGUAAAGGUGCCAGCCGUACACCCUGUACCCCUUCCACAACUGUGCUUUAUCAAACACAAGGUUAUCAGAUCAGCACAUGUUCAUAGGGUGAUCUGAAGGGACCCCAUUCACAAGGAGGGGAGAGUUCGAUGGCAUUCAUGUCAAAGUUCAGAUUCGUUUUAGGACGGGUUUGGUUGGUUUCUAUAGUAACCAUGUGCAAGCACUCCUCUCCUCUGUUGGGGGGGAAGCGGGUUGCAAAAACAACCCUCAUGCUAGUUGGAUCAAUUGUAUCUACUUCUUCAUCUUGUUCACACAGUUAAAGGGACUUUAGAACUCAUGUAAUAUACCUUGAUGAACACAGUCACUGUGUAAAAGAAUAAAGG